AGCUGAUUGUACAGGAGAAGUUGAGCCAUGAAAGGGCUAGUGGGUAGCAUUAAUAUCACGUAAGAGGCAGGCAGGCAGAUUGAUAGAGCUCAAAGCUACAAUAACACCAAAGAAGCCACAUGCUAGUAAGCUCAUCACCCGAUUAACACUCUCUGUCAGGAGCAACACACAGUUCACAGUUUGUUAAGACAGGGUGCAGGAGCAGCGAAGAACAUUCACUUUAAUAUUGACGUUUUUACCUCAAUGAGGUUUUGUACACGAAAGGUUUACUUUCUGAGAAGUUGACUGAGCGUCUUAACCCACUCUUACUCCAAGUACCACUUAUAAAUGUACUGACUGAUUAUCAGACGCUUCUGAAGUACAGGGGUUCUUCCAUCUGCCGUCGUUCGGCAGAAUGAAAUCUGCAUUCUCAUGUCCCGAAAGAGACUCUGAGAAAGAGUCAGAGGAGUCGUCUCAAAGAGGUGUAGGCUUGCGUCGCAAACGAGAAUUUACACCAGAAGAAAAAAAGGAUGCCAAUUACUGGGAAAAACGUCGCAAGAACAACGAAGCCGCCAAACGUUCACGAGAGAAACGCAGAGCAAAUGACUUUAUGCUGGAGACCAGGCUGGUGGCUCUGAGUGAGGAAAAUGCAGCUCUACGAGCUGAGAUCCUGGCUUUGAACCUUCGAUAUGGCCUGCUCAACUCUAACUGUCCAUACUCAUCGCAUCAGAGGAGCUUCUUUCAGAUGAAUUCAUACUUCGCUCAAAAAUCAAACACCUGCCCAGACAGAGAGCUUUGGGAAAGGGAUAAAAUGAGUCAGGAGUCUUCUCAUUGGCCCGGAUACCAGCAAGCAACUGAGGCCAUAGCUGCACGUUAUGGCUCAAACAUUGUUGCCACACACUCAUUCCCCAUCAACAGGGCCUAUUCUUACCUUCCAGAUGUCCCUAGUUUUGUUCAAUCUACAAGCACACCUAUGGUCUUAGCUCCCGUGUUUCCACCACUGACUGCCUCUUUCCCAGAAAUCCCAGUGUUAAAUCCAGUGGGUCAGAGAACAACAAUACAGAAGGACUCUGACCAACAGCCACCAGUCAGUGGCAGUUCUAUGCUGCCUCACAAGCUGAGGCUAAAGAAUCCAAUAUCAUCCAAGAAGAAAGAAGACAGAAUCACACCUCCAUCCCCACUCUCGUUAUAUGUGUCCGGCUAAAGAAGGGCGCUUGAUAUGUGCUACAUGAUCACAUUCCAGUGUAAAAAUUGGUUAGUGUUUAAAAUAAAACUCUCAAUUUCAAAAUGUUUUCAGAAAAAUAAGUGGAAUGGAAUGGAUUAAAAUAUCAAACUUUUCAAUUAAAAGGCAGCAUCAUCUCAGGAUUGGUAUCAAUGUUGUUCUUAAGGUUUGUAUGGACUUUCAGCAAAGCAUCAUCUGGGUCCCCUGAGUUAGGAGUUCUGUCCUAAACAUGAAUCACAUAUACAUCACAGCACAGUGAAAUUCUUUCUUUGCAUAUUCCAACUUUGGACACUGGGGCCAGAGCACAGGGUCAGCCAUAAUACAGCACCCCUGGAGCAGUGAGGGUUAAGGACCUUGCUCAAGGGCCCAAAAGUGGCAACUUGGCAGUGCUGGGGCUUAAACCCCAAUCCUCCAAACAUCAACCCAGAGCCUUAACCAGUUAAGCCAACAUUCAAGUCAACGGAUGCAUUUCUGGUCAUUUUGCUGUGUAAGCAGAUGGUCUGGCAUAGCUACAGGUGCUAGUAUCAUUUCUGAUUAUUUCUCACAAACUGCCAGUCAUGUUUAAGGUUUUAAACAGUAUAGUAUGAUCACAGCAGGUUAAAAUAUUGUCACUUAAAUUAAGUUUAUCUGUACACUUAAAGGUUUUACAUUCCAAAAGGCCCCAGACUUUCGAGUAGCUUUAGGAUUUGAUAGCAGCCCAUUAAUAAGAUUUACUUUCCUUUAUUUCCUUUAUUAAACAGCUAUUUGAUGAUAUUUGGGUUUGUUUCUAGCACUAAUAAUGAUUCAACAGCCUAAAAAAGUAAUAAAAUAGUUUGACUGUAGGAUUGUGUAGUGUAAGUUAGGUAGCUUUAAGACAUUUUAAACUGAUCGCCUUUCAUCUGCUGAACUUCAACAAGAAGCCUAGAUAGCGCACUUUGACGGAAAUUGAAACUUCGUCUGUUUUCAUCUGAAUGAACACAACUGUCUUGUUUUAUUGUUUAUCGCUGUAGUUCUAU